CCUGGAGUACUUACGUCAGUGCACUGUAACACGGCAAGACUCUUAAGGCGCUAACAUGACUAUCAGCCGCCGGGUAACUCCUACAUUUUAUUUUCCUUUAUACAAUAAAUGGAAUACCAACCGUCUGGAUUGAUGGCAACAACUCAACUCUACUCGGGAGGUGGCUGUUUACAGUGCGGCUCUGUCGCUGCCGACUAAGCCUCUUGAAUAUUGGUUGCUUAGCAAGUCAGCAAAAUCUUCUCAGUCCGUGAUAUUGCUCCGACACCUUCGUUCCAGUACUGCCAGAAACUAAAACUGUUGAAUUCACUAUGUCUGUCCGCUUUAAGAGGUUUUUUACCAAUCUGCGCAAGAAUAAAAUCAAAACCCAUCAAGAUGAUCGCGAAAAGACCUGCGAUACUCUGUUUCAAAUGCUCCAAUCCGUCUACGAUCUUGAGGAACACCCCAUAUAUAUCACCAACAAACAAGCCGAAUCCCUUGGGAUUAGAAUCGAGGAUAUGACGCUAGUUGAUGAUAAUGGUGAAUAUACUCUACAUCCUAGCGAUGAGUUUUUUAGACCUCUUUCAGUCGAGGCCUUGAACGCAUAUCCACUCGAUGAGAACGACGAAGGAGCAAAACGGCUCUCUGAAUCUGUCCGUUGUUGGUCAAAGAUAGCGAAGCACUUGGAAGAGAAUAGCGAUAUAGCUGGCCAGUCAUUAGGGGGCUGGCUCGUCCAACUAGCUCAUGCCCGUCGUCGAGUUGGCACCGGAGAAAAUGCGACAACAACACUCUACAACUUGAAAACAUGGAGGUUAAGGGGGCUGUGUCCUGAUAUAAUAAAUGAAUAUUAUAUGGGAAUGCUCCCCUUAGGCAAUGCCAUUACCAAAAUCUACUUCAUAAACAACAGUUAUGCUUCUGCAUACAGACGUGAAAAUGAACCGCAUGUUCUGCAUGUCCUCCACCAUUUCUAUGAAGGCAAUGAUGAUAUUUCUCGUGGAGAAUUAUUGACAAUCCUUGCAACAAUGGUAACACAGAUGGAGCAUGAUUACCUGGAAAGCCACUAUAUUACUCCUGUCCUAGUAAUCUCGUUUAUGAAUUCUUUUCAGGGAAGAAUCCUGCAGGCUCAUGUCACGAACAAUGCACUUCUUCUCCAGAAAUCCAAACUGUUUACUUUCAGGACAAAAGCGGAAUUUCACAAGUCAAUGUCCCUAUUUCUACGAUGGAUUGCAAGUGACAGGGUCGGUAAUACGCACCAGCAAGUACGACUUGAUCGUCCCCAGGAAAAACCGGCAGAUGUAAAGCCUGCUCUCAAGGCCUUAGAAAAUAUGUUCGACCCACCGCCCACGGAUAAGGAACCAGAAAACGUGUCAACGAAUAUUGAAGAGGGUCAGAUUGGUAAAGGUAAUACUGUUCAGUCAGUUGAGGCCCAGGGGAAAAAGCUCUAGAUGUUAAGCAAGACCACAAGGGUAUAGAAAAGUCCUCCGACGCACUACCUAUGGAUAAAGAACUAGAAAAUGUAUUAACGAAGAUCGGAGAGAAUCAGACUGACAAAGACAAUACAACUCACUCGAUUGAGGCUUAGGGUAAAUAACUCCAAUGGCACAAGUUAGACAAGUACUCAACUUUCUGGGUUUAAAUGAACCCCACGUGUGUAACGUCUUAGCUUAUCACUUCCCUAGUUUACGCAUAUAAGAAUACUGGAUGUCCAAAUGC